AUGCAUCCAAUUCCUCUAAUCAAGGCACUCCUCCAACCCAAAAAUAGUAGUAUUUACAAUUCACAAGAGGCAUUUUUGGCAAUAGCCUUCAGUGAGUUUUCGAUAUAUUCGCUCUUUAAUGUCUGCCUCCACGUGUAUUUACGGAACUGGAAAGACAUGAAAGCCACCAGCAGUGAGUCAAAAAAUUUUCCGCCAAAUUUCCACUUAUAUAUAACAUUAAUUGUUGACGACGAUGAAGGGGAAAUUUCUUUUGUUGCUCCAAGUAAGAAAGAGCACGAUUUGUGGACCGAUGGAAUAAGAAUACUUAUGGGAAAGAAAUACAAUCAGGACUUAGAGGCGUGGACGGAUAUUGAAAUACAGGUUCGAUUGGUAGAGUAUUCCAACAUUACUUUUCCGACGAAAACACCUCCAAUACCAGAAGAGCCCCAGAACUUGCCAAUUUGA